AUGGCUCUGCACAACCCCCAAGUCCGAAGUCUCCCACGACUCUUCCAAACCCUCAACAUCUCCAAACAAUGCAUUCGCCCACUGCACCGCAAAGCCGCACCCUCUGUGCCGGCCCCAACCCCCUUCGUUCCGGACGUCCAAACCUUCCUCACUCUGAUCGGCCGUGAAAUGUCCAAGCACGCGAGCAAGAUCUCCUCCUGGGAGCAACUCUUCGCCUCCAACUCCGACCAGCUCCGCGAACUAGGCAUCGAACCCGCCCGGCAACGCCGAUAUCUCAUGCGGAAGCGCGAGAAGUUCCGCAACGGCGUCUACGGACCCGGCGGUGACCUGGAACAAGUCGUGGACGGGGUGGCCCAAUUGCGCGUUGUGGAAGUCCCCCGCGAGUCCGGCAGUGCAGCAGACGGAGCAUCAUCUGCAACAUUGACGCCGGGAAUGAAAAAGGCCAUUGUGAACCUGGCACCCGAUGUCACGGAAUACAAGCACAGCGUGACGGCCGAGCUGAAGAAGUUUGCGCAUAUGAAGAUCCACCGGGGUUCGAAGAUUAUGGGGCCGUUUCUACAGCCUAUCAAGGGGUCUCAUGGCUCUGCGGCGACGAUCUCGGUUCAGGAGGGUAUGUGGGAGGAUAAGCGGGGAGUGAAGGUUGAUGGUGGUGAGCGACGACGGGUUGAGGUUCGGGCGAAGAAGAGGCUCGAGGAGAGGAGGAAAGCGUAA